AUUUCUAUUUUUCUUGGAUGGAGGUACUUAUCUAUCAUAUGCUAGAGCAUUUUUGGUUGUAAAAUUAAAUAGGUAAAUUAUAACGACAAAAUAAUGGUCAGUUUGGCACAGACUUCCGGUAAUUCGCGCUGGCCUAGUACCUAGUUAUUCUCCCGACCAAAGAAAUUUUAUUUUGCCUUUUCUCGGCCUCUCUCUUGACAAAACGUCCUAAAUAUGCUUGAUUCUUGAUAAUAAGUCUUGCUCGAAACAUGGCAGAUGAUUUAGACGACCUAUUAGAUGAAGUAGAAUCGAAAUUUUGCAAAGAUGGUGCUUCGAAAUCGUCCGGUAAAAAAACAUCUUCGAAUGCUCAACAAGACAAAAGGAAACAACUUCAAACUUCCAAGAAGAAAACGGGUGACGAUCUGAGCGAUAUUAUUCGUGAUAUUUGUGAGGACGAUGGACCUGACCUACCUCCGGUUGUACCGCCGCCUACAGGGAGCCCAUCAAGCACACCUGGGCUGACAGCUCAUAAAAGCAAGUGCUUUACACUCCUCCUGGGUGGAACUCGAUUUAGCAAGGGCUUGUGCACAGUAUCAGAACAACGAACCUGUGACAAGUUACGGUGCACCUCUUGUGACUUCAAGGUUGUUGUGUUCGAUAAUUAUGCAUGGGACGGUGACUGUGACUAUUUAUUCUUUAGAAACAAUGUUCCAGAUUUCCACAAAUUGAAAGUCAAGUUAAAAACAAGGAAAGGAACUAGAGCAUAUGCAUGUCAGUGCUGCUGGCGGUCAAUAGUGGACCUCAUGGAUCUCCAGACGGAUGCCACACUUAAGUGGGUUUGCGGCAAACACAGCUAGCAGUGAGCUCCUACUCUUUCACAAUCUUAAUUCACAUUCUCAGAAUAGUGAUUCUCCUUAGUGCAGCUUUGGUAUAUAAUGUAGUAAUAUACUCAGAGUUGAUUGGGUGGGGAGAACUUUAGGAGUAAUCAGUCCAAAUAUUACCAUGUGAAUUAUCCUAACCUGAUCACUCAAUAAUUUAAUGAUUUUCAUUAAAGUAAGGAGAGUUCGCAUAUUUGUCAUUUUAUGAAAAAAAGGAUACAGUCUAAUUCUUUCUGAAGUUUUUGGUAGCCAUGUAAGAGGACAGAACAAUGGUCAACCAACCAACCAACAAUUGUUCCUACAACAUUGAGUGAUAAAUGUUACCCACAUUCUGCUUCCAUUCACAUUUCGCUGACCUUGGAUUUUUUUAAAUAAUUUGAACAAAACUACAAUAUACUGCUCUGCACAAGCUCAUCUGUAGUUGGAUUGUAAUUGUAAAACAAGGUGUUGUAGAUUUUGCACUUUUUUUGUGGUUGUUUGAAAUAAAUAAUUUCGCAGCUGA